GGGAGGGGCGGAUGCUGGGUCCCCGCGGCUGCGUGCGGCCCCGCCCCGCCCCCGCCCCGCGAGGACCGCAUAAGGGCGGCCCGGCCCGGGCUCCGUGGCUCAGGACGCCGAGAGGAGACGACGCGGGAGCCGCCCCGGGAUGUCUGAGCUAGAGAAUGCCGUGGAGGCCCUCAUCAGUGUGUUCCAUCAAUAUUCUGGAAGAGAAGGUGACAAGCACAAGCUGAAGAAAUCUGAACUUAAGGUGCUCAUCAGCAAUGAGCUUUCCCACUUUUUAGAGGAAGUCAAAGAGCAGGAGGCUGUGGACAAAAUCAUGGAAACACUGGACAAUGAUGGAGAUGGUGAAUGUGACUUCCAGGAAUUUAUGACCUUUGUUGCCAUGGUUACCACUGCCUGCCACGAGUUCUUUGAACGUGAAUGAGACAGAAAAAGCAGCCAACCUGUUCCUGUAUCAGAUGAAGGUCACACGAAGAGGCAGAAAGCAAGGGAUUGCAGGCUGAUUGAAAGUGCGCUUUCCAGACACGUUGUGGCUAAUUAGAAAGCUUGAUUUGCUUUGUAAGUGAAAAAUUGAAAACCUCUUUCCAAAGGCCAUUUUAAACAGCCUGCAUCAUUAUUUCUGCUAUGUCAGGCAUAUAUGUAAGCUGGCUGGUCCCAGGGACUCUUGGUAGUAAUCAUUUAGGAAAAUCAAUUCUCAGUCAUAAAGCCUGUGCUGAACAGACAACAAUGGCUGUGCAGAAUCCUAACCCAGAAAAAACAUAACUACCUGAAAUUACUCUGGGGCAUCUUAAGUCUUCCACUACAUUUAAAAACACAAAGCCUUGCUCACCAUUAUUUGAAAAGGCUGACCUUCUUAAAAUUUGUUCAUCAUUAGAGUAAAUAAAAUCUAAAGUACUCAGAUGGUCAGACUGCCGUCCCACCUUCCCAAAGGAGCAUGGUCAUGGUUGUUUUCCUACAGUGAACUGUGAUUACUGAGUAAACAUGUAAUGCUAACAGUUCUAAAUGGAAAAAUAUGUCUCAUGAACCGAUAAGUACUGACAUUUUAACUAAUCAGAACAGAAUCAAAAUUCUAUAUUCAGUAGAACUCUCCGGACAGGAUGACGCCUGCUGGAUCUGGGGCAUGCGUGUGUAGUCGAAGGGAUAUGGCUGGGCUCAGGACCAGGGCUUAAGCUCUGGCUUUCCAGCUAGUUGUGCCACAAGUAAUUUGGUCUCCCUGGACUCCUCUCCUGUCGGUACAGCGAUAGCUGACACAGUGGGUCAGAUGUGUUACUACAGACUUGAGGGCCUCUUUGAUGUGCCUGGUCUGUUGGUGAAUGUCACUCCUGACUUGUUUGUGCAGAGAGAGGGUGUGCUCGCCACUGUUGGUGAAUCGAUGUACGAUGUACGUGGGAAGCUGAACUUUAUGCUUUUAUAUCCAUGAAUUCAAAUAAAAGUUUCAAAUAAUUCAAGUUACAAAUACAUAAAUCAAUCAAAUAAGCCAUGUUACAAAUAUUAGAAUCACUUCCAGGAAAACAAAUUAAUCU